AUGAAUGAGAUUGAGAGAGAACAAGAGGAUCAAGAAUCCUUGAUUAUACCAGGAUUCCAAUUCUUGAUUAAUUUCACGCUAGACGUAUUCAAGGGAACACUCAUGGUGCUGAAACCAAUCAUUUCUGUAAUAAUGGCUGUGCUUGCCAUUAUGCUUAUUCUUAGCUACUGCUACCGUGUUUUGUCUGAUGGAAUUAUGGAUAUUGUCUGCCCUAUUGGAUUCUUAGGAUCAUUAGUCCCUUCUUGUCAAAAUCACCUCAUGGGAGUUCCAGAUUUCACUCAUUUUGUUAAAGCACAGGAGUCUCUUUAUGAAACAAUGCUUACACAGAACAAUGCUGAUGCCAUCUCUGCUUUAGAGCUAAAGAAGGUUGAAUUAGCAACACGCGAUCUCCAAGUGAUGAUAAAAUACUCCACCUUAGUUAGUGCAGAUAUCAUGGAUGCUAAACUUAAAGACUAUCUUGUCCGCUCUCGUCGGUUUGGUCGAGAUAUUCAAAGUUUACAAGCACAAACCAAGGGGGUGAUUGACAAUCUCAUCACUUACAAUACGUUUACGAUAAAGAAGUUAUCUGAUGUUGAGUCACGAAAAAGUAGUAGACAAGAACUACGCAAAGUUUAUGAGAGCGCGAUGGGUUUAGUUGAGAAAGAAGCAAAACGUCUGAUCUUGGCAAUUGAAAAAGCCCAAGGUUCACUAGAUGAACUUGAGGAGGAUCUUUACGCCAUUCACGAAAUUUCUGUUCAAGAAAAGAAUUACCAGCGCUCAGAAAUCCCUCAUUUAUUAGCAGAUCUUCUUAAUCUAGUGAACGGAAAAGGAUUACAACGACCUCUUGUGGACGAAAAUCUGGCACUAUUGACCAAUUUCGAUGCCGAACGUGCCAAAGCUUCUAAACGACUAGUAGUAAUGUUGGAUCGCAUGGAAUCUUUUCAAAUGGAUCUCGAAGAACUACGUACCCAAGUUGUCGCACCAGUUGUAGCGCCAGAUAUAAUCCCACUUGAGAUGCACAUUGAGAACAUAGGAAAAGCUAUUGAGAGACUCAAGAGCGGCAAAGUUAUUUCUUGGGAAGAGCGCGCUCAAUUGGAUUAA